AUGGAAGAAAAGUUAAAUGAAAUGGAACAAGCUGGUAUCAUCAUUAGGACAUCAACGUCUUACAGUAGUCCAUUGACAUUCACUCUUAAAAAAGACGGCUUAAUUAGAGUUCUGCUUGAUGCCAGAAGCAUAAAUAAGAAAAUGGUUGCAGAAACAGAGAAACCACCUAUACAAUUAGAUGUUUUGAAUUCAUUUCACGGAGCGAAUUAUAUCACUACCAUUGACUUAAAUAAUGCAUAUUUUCAAAUUCCGAUAAAUAAAGAUGGUAGAAAAUAUACUGGAUUCACAUUCAAUGGAAAGUCAUAUGUAUAUAAUGUUUUGCCGCAAGGAUUAAAAACAUCAGUAGGAAGCUUUAGCAGAUCCAUAAAUUUAAUAUUAGGACCAGAAGUCCAAGAAUUUUGUGUGAACUAUUUAGAUGAUCUAGCCAUUAUUACAACAGGAACGUUAGAUAAACAUUUGGAGCACAAUGAUAUUAUUUUAAGUAAAUUGAACAAAGCUGGCUUAACGUGUAACUUGCAGAAAUGUGAAUUUAUUUGUAAAGAAAUUAAAAUGCUGGGUUUUAUAAUUUCAACAGAAGGCAUAAAGACAGAUCCCGAUAAGAUUCGAGCGAUCCAAGAGUUUCCAGCACCUAAAAAGAUUAAACAAUUAAGGGCCUUUUUAGGUCUAUGCAAUUUUUAUAGAAGGUUUAUACCAAAUUACAGCGAGAGCAUAAUACCGCUCUGUGAAUUACUUAAAAAGGGACGAAAGUUCCAAUGGAGCGGUAAAGAACAGAAGGCAUUUGAUUUUAUAAAACAACAAUUUAUGAAUACAAUACAAUUGCAUCAUCCAGACUUUACUAAGCCGUAUUUUGUAAAUAACAAACAGAUUGUUCCGGUGUGA